UCUCUUUUCUUGGUUAGGGUUUAGCUAGGGUUUCUACUAUAUCUGAUGCUUCAACGCCAUUCGUGAAAAAUCAAUCGAAACGAGAGAUUUUGAACCCUAAUUUUGAUUUAGAGCUUCGAUGGGGCCAGCUACUGCGCUUGAUAAGAAGAAGAAUAAGGGUCCGAAAUCACAGAAGCCACUGGAGCAACCUAAGAAGAAACAGAAGGAGGAUUUAUUCAUCGCCGGGAAACGACCCAAGAAAGGAGAGGUUUUUGAUAGUUUUGACAACCCAAAUGAAGAGGUAGAAGAAGAAGAAGAGCAGGAGCUUCAAUUUGAUGUUGCAAAGAAGAAGGGUUAUGAGUCGAAGAAGAAUAGUAAGCAACUGAAAGGGAAGUUUUUUGCUGAGAAAGAUGAGGAUUCCAUCGAAGAAGUAGAUGAUGAGGAGGAAGAAGAGGAACUUGGAGAGUCAGGUUCUGGGUCAGAGUCGUUUUCUGGGGAGGAUGAUGAUGAUCCCUUGGCAGAUGAUUUCCUACAAGGAGGAAGUGAUGAAGAAGAAGAGGAGGACCAUUCGGAAUCUGAUUCAGAUGAAUCUGACGCUGAUAUUGAGAAGAAAGCAAGAGCUAUUGAUGAUGAAAGGGCGAGGCAGGAAAAGGAGGCAGAGGAGGAAAUGCAGCUUAACAUUAAAGAGGAAUCUGAUGAGUUCAGAUUGCCAACUAAAGAGGAGCUUGAAGAAGAGGCACACCAACCACCUGAUCUUCAGAAACUCAAAAGGAGGAUAGCUGAAAUUAUAAGGGUGCUUUCAAGUUUUAAGGAGUUGAAGCAAGAGGGAAAAACAAGGAAGGAUUACGUAGAGCAGCUUAAAGUGGAUUUAAUGUCAUACUAUGGCUACAACGACUUCCUAAUUGGAGUUUUGAUUGAUAUGUUUCCUGUUGUUGAGCUUAAAGAACUCAUAGAAGCUUUUGAACAACCUCGACCUAUAUCUUUGCGAACUAACACCUUAAAGACACGAAGACGGGAUUUGGCUGGAGUUCUCUUGAACAGAGGAGUCAACUUAGAUCCAUUGAACAAGUGGUCAAAGGUUGGACUGGUUGUGUAUGACUCGCAAGUGCCAAUUGGUGCAACUCCGGAAUAUAUGGCUGGCUUCUAUAUGUUGCAAAGUGCAAGCUCCUUUUUGCCAGUGAUGGCCCUGGCUCCUCAGGAAAAGGAACGAAUUGUUGAUGUGGCGGCUGCACCUGGUGGUAAAACAACUUAUAUCGCAGCUCUAAUGAAAAAUAGUGGAUUAAUUUAUGCAAAUGAGAUGAAGGCCCCUAGACUGAAGUCACUAACUGCAAAUUUGCAUCGAAUGGGGGUGACAAACACUAUAGUUUGUAACUACGAUGGGAGGGAGCUACCCAAGGUUUUGGGACAAAACACAGUUGACAGGGUUUUAUUGGAUGCCCCUUGCAGUGGCACUGGGGUCAUUUCUAAAGAUGAGUCAGUUAAAAAUUCGAAAAGUUUGGAAGAUAUACAGAAAUGUGCGCUUUUGCAGAAGCAAUUGAUCCUUGCUGCAAUUGACAUGGUCGAUGCCAAUUCAAAAUCUGGGGGAUACAUAGUGUACUCAACAUGCUCCAUAAUGAUUCCGGAGAAUGAAGCAGUCAUUGACUACGCUUUAAAAAGGAGGAAUGUGAAACUUGUGCCAUGUGGCCUUGACUUUGGACGUCCAGGGUUUGUCCGAUUCAGGGAACACCGCUUUCACCCAUCAUUAGAAAAGACAAGGCGAUUCUACCCUCAUGUCCACAACCUGGAUGGAUUUUUUGUGGCAAAGUUGAAGAAAAUGAGCAAUGCAAAACCAACUUCAGUUCCUUCUGAUCCUGUAGAAUCUGUGGAGGAAGCUCCCGAGCUAAAUGAGACCAAGAGUGAAAAGAAAACUGUUGAGAAUUUGCCAAAAAAAGGUGCUGCAAAAGCAAAAAAGGUCUUAACUGAUACUGUUACUGCCAAUGGGAAUGGGAAUGGGGAGUCCCCUUCCAAAAACAAGAAGGGAAUGAAAAGAAAAUUCCCUCCUCGAGAGGAGAUCUCUAAAGCCAGAGAAAACAAGAGACAGGCUUUGAGGGAAAACAAAAGGAUGGCAACAGGCAAGAAGAGUAGAAAAAGAGAAUGACCAGUUGUGUAAAGCAAGAAGCACAGUUGGUAAAAACACUAGUAUCUCUGCUCUGCUGGGAACAAUGGGUGGACAGGCAUCAAAAUGUGAUCGAAGAUCCGCUAAUGAGUAAGAGGACAGGCAUCUGGGAUGCAAUCGAAAAAUAACUGAGGAAUCAAUCUGCUGAUCAAGUUCCUUGAUGGUUCUCCAGAGAAUGUCUUGUUUUAUCUAUUAUGAUGCCUAAGUUUUUUUGUGAUUGAAAUAUAGGGUCUUGUACUAUUACAAGUCCUAAAAAUUUUGUAAUUUAUUUUCCUUUUCUUGUCAAAUACAUUAGUACCCAUUAUAUUGUUUGUUACCAAUAUCAAGGAAGAGUGGGUUUUACCAUAAAUUGAAGGCUUUAGACAA